CGUUGGCUGACUUCGGUCGACUCAAUACAUUUUAUCCUGUAUCUGUGCCUGAGCCCGAGCCUGUGCCUGUGUCAACGUCCUUUUACAGCCGCAAAUCCGCAGCAAAAUAUAAAUAAAUUUAUUUCUUAUUUAAACAUUUUUUUUAGUAUUUUUUAUUUUUAAUUUUGUUUUGUAAAUUCGUGCUGAAUGUUAACAUGGCGAUGGGAGCUAAUAUCGAUUAUGACUUUUUAUUGAAAUUCCUGGCACUCGGAGAUUCUGGAGUGGGAAAGACAAGCUUCUUAUAUCAAUACACAGAUGGGCAAUUUCAUUCACAAUUUAUCUCAACAGUGGGUAUCGAUUUCCGAGAAAAGCGUUUGAUUUAUACAUCACGUGGUCGUAAUCACCGUAUUCAUCUACAGCUCUGGGACACUGCAGGUCAGGAACGUUUUCGUUCCUUAACAACAGCCUUUUAUCGUGAUGCCAUGGGAUUCCUGUUAAUUUUCGAUGUGACAAAUGAAAAAUCAUUUCUGGAAAUAGCAAAUUGGCUUGAGCAAUUGCGUAUGCAUGCUUACUCCGAAGAUCCUGAUGUAGUGCUUUGUGGCAAUAAAUGCGAUCUGGAAUCAGCGCGAGUUGUCAGCCAUCAGCAAGUCUGCGCUUUGGCUGACAGAUAUAACCUACCCUAUAUUGAGACGAGCGCUUGCACCGGCUUGAAUAUUCGUCAAGCAAUAGAAUUGCUGGUGGGUCGGGUAAUGGAACGCAUGGAGAAUUCAACAUUGAAUGCAGAACUUUCACGUCUGAUGACACACUCUCGCUGUUUGCCCAGUUUUGGGUUUCACAAUGACACACUUAAGUUAGGCUAUCACAAUGGAAAUAUGGAACAGAGUGAAGAGCAAUGUAGAAAAAACUGCAACUGCUGAAGGACAUGAUGUUAAGGAUUUUGAAACUGAAACUGCUCACUAUAGGAACUACUCUACAGUUGCUGUUUGGUACAAUAAUUUUAAAGUAUUUAUGUAAAUUAGCUAAUAUUGUUGUUUUUUAAUG